CAACGCUGGAUUAUCAAUCAGUGACGAUUCUGUCAAUUAUCUGAUGUAUUAUAUCGGUUGCGUUUCCCUGUUCAGGUUGCGCGUAUGGCGACACGAAAACUAGGGUCUUAUAAGUCGACGCCGACACGUGCAUAUAAUAAGAUAUAAGAGUCUUACAACCAACUACUUGCUUGCAUCAACACCCGACCCUAAUUCUCUCGUUCAAGACAACUUUCAAACGUCUGAUCAAACUCUCAAAGACACUCGCAAUGUCGACGACACAUCACAACAUCCACAGGAAGGCGGAAACCCUGCAUGGCUACGUCAACGAGCCGGCCCCGGGAGUUCCGUACUUCACGCCCAAGCAAGACCCGCCAGCAGGCACCGCCCUGCUGCCCGAGGGUCAGAAGGACAUUCCCAAGCUCUUCCGCCCUCUCAAGCUGCGAGGCUUGGUCCUCCAAAACCGCAUCGGGCUGAGCCCGCUGUGCCAGUACUCCGCCCAGGAUGGUCACUACACGAUGUGGCACGAAACCCACAUGGGAGGAAUCGUCCAGCGCGGCCCGGGCAUUGCCUGCGUCGAGGCCACGGCGGUCCAGCCCCGCGGCCGGAUCACGCCCGAGGACGUCGGCCUCUGGAAGGAUAGCCAGAUCGAGCCCCUGCGCAAAGUCGUCGAGUUCGCCCACAGCCAGAGCCAGAAGAUCAUGGUCCAGCUCGCCCACGCCGGCCGCAAGGCCAGCACCGUCGCCCCGUGGCUGAGCUCCGGCGCCGUCGCCGGCAAGGAGCUCAACGGCUGGCCGGACGAUGUGCACGCCCCCAGCGCCAUCGCCUGGAACGAGCAUCACGCCAGCCCGAAGGAGAUGUCGAUCCGCGACAUUGAGGAGUUCAAGGCAGCUUUCGCGGACGCCGUUCGCAGGGCUUUGAAGGCUGGCUUCGACGCGAUUGAGAUCCACAAUGCGCACGGCUACCUUCUCCACGAGUUCCUCUCGCCUGUUAGCAACAAGCGGACUGACAAGUAUGGUGGAAGCUGGGAGAACCGAGUCAGGCUGACAUUGGAGAUCGUCGAACAAACCCGCGCCAUCAUUCCCGAGGACAUGCCGCUCUUCCUCCGCAUCAGCGCCACCGACUGGCUGGAAGAGCAGAAGGACAUCCCCGAGUCCUGGACCGGCGAAGACACCGUCCGGCUCGCCCCCCUGCUCGCGGAGCGGGGCGUCGACCUCCUGGACGUGAGCACCGGCGGCAACCACGAGCGCCAGCACCCGCACGUCGCGCCGGCGUACCAGGCCCCCUUCGCCAUCAAGGUCAAACAGGCCGUCGGCAGCAGGAUGGCCGUCAGCUCCGUCGGCGCCAUCGAGAACGCCAGGCUCGCCAACGACCUGCUGGAGAAGGACGGCCUCGACGCCGUCUUCGUCGGCCGCGGGUUCCAGAAGAACCCCGGCCUCGUCUUCGGCUGGGCGGACGAGCUCGGCGUGCAGAUCAGCAUGCCCAACCAGAUCCGCUGGGGCUUCGGCGGCAGAGGCAAGAAGAGCAGCAGGGCUGUUACCGACAUCCCUGAGCUCAUCGGAAAGCCUUGAAGUGGCCGUGUAAGAGGCAUAGGAGCUGUUGUUGUUAGCCUAACGUAGACUAUGCGGCACGAUACAUAUUAGAACCAAAUAAAGCGACAAAAGCAUGUAUAUUACAUGAUUAUCGGACCGUUCCUCAAAAAGGCCGAGCAGCAUCACCCGUAUAUUGCAACACUACAUGUGCUCCGGAUGACACGGGCGUAUAAUCUGCAUCAUU